AUCUCUCCCCCUUAUUCCCUGCGCUCCGUGGCGAGUUAAAUGGCAACUUACGGCAGGUCACGCAAAUCUGAGAGAUAAGUGGGAUGUGAAACGUACGGCGCAGCCCAGCCCGAGGGAAGAGUUACUAAAAGACAGUUUCUUAAGAGAAUCGAGUCACCCCUGAGGAGCAAUGGGCCGCAUUCCCCGCUCCGUCCCGCGGACGUCGGUGUCGUCUUGUGCGAACCCACGCCGUGCUUAGACUCUCGAGUUCGAGAGGAGAGCCACAGAGACGCCGGCUCAGGGUUCCAGACGACAGUCGCCCCCGAUACCAGGAGCCGCGCAGGGGCAGAGCUUUGCUGCUAAAACACGCCCUCCAGAGAGAUUUCGUUCCCCCCCUAAAAAAAAACUCCCAGUUUUUGUUACUCGUGUCUUCGUUCUUUUCUUUAUCUCCAUCCUAUGCUCGCUUCGCUUUGCUGCUCACUGUAGCCACUCUUCCCAAAGUUGCCCUGCAGUUCCCGAGCUAUGGCUCCGCCGCUGAGAUGCGUCCUGUAUUGCCUCAUCCUCCGCUGCUGUCUGUCCGCCGUCCGGAGCAUGGAUCUGGAAGCAGAGGAGCUGGGCUACGAGCUGGAAGCCGACGACUACUCCGAGGUGAUUGACUACAAGGAUCCCUGCAAAGCUGCUGCCUUUUUGGGAGACAUUGCCUUGGAUGAAGAGGACCUCAAACUUUUUAAUGUGGAGAAUGUUGUGGAUUUGAGAAGAAGAUUCGCCCUUCAAAGACUUUCCAAUGCAACUGAGCCUGGAGUUAAUGCAACCAAUGACUACCUCAGAAGAGAAAGAAGCAUUGGCACAAGAAGAAGACUUUUACGUUCUAAGCGAGCAGCCACUUCUCGACCAGAAAGGGUUUGGCCGGAUGGAGUUAUCCCUUAUGUCAUCAGCGGGAACUUUAGCGGAACCCAGAGAGCCAUCUUCCGGCAAGCCAUGCGGCAUUGGGAAAAGAAUGCUUGUGUAACCUUCAUUGAAAGAACUGAUGAAGAAAGCUAUAUUGUAUUCACAUACCGACCAUGUGGGUGCUGCUCUUAUGUAGGACGCAGAGGAGGUGGCCCCCAGGCCAUCUCCAUCGGGAAGAACUGUGACAAGUUUGGCAUUGUGGUGCAUGAGCUCGGUCACGUCAUUGGAUUCUGGCAUGAACACACCCGCCCGGAUCGGGAUGAUCAUGUCAGUAUUGUAAGGGAGAACAUACAACCAGGGCAGGAGUACAACUUUUUAAAGAUGGAACCAGAAGAAGUUGAUUCUCUUGGUGAAGGCUACGACUUUGACAGCAUCAUGCAUUAUGCCAGGAACACUUUCUCUAGAGGAAUCUUCCUGGAUACUAUCCUUCCUCGUUAUGAUGUAAAUGGUGUACGACCUCCAAUUGGUCAGAGGACAAGGUUGAGUAAAGGAGACAUUGCACAAGCCAGGAAACUGUACAAGUGUUCAGCUUGUGGUGACAGUCUUCAGGACAGCAGUGGAAAUUUCUCAUCUCCUGGUUUCCCCAAUGGUUACUCAGCCUAUAUGCAUUGCAUCUGGAGGAUCUCUGUUACACCUGGAGAGAAGAUCAUACUAAAUUUCACAUCCAUGGAUCUGUACCGCAGUCACCUGUGCUGGUAUGACCAUGUGGAGAUUAGGGAUGGUUUCUGGCGAAAGGCUCCUUUAAAAGGACGGUUCUGUGGAGAUAAACUGCCUGAGCCCAUAAUCUCAACUGACAGCCGCCUAUGGAUUGAGUUUCGCAGCAGCAGUAAUUGGGUGGGAAAGGGGUUUUCUGCAGUGUAUGAAGCAAUUUGUGGGGGUGAAGUCAGGCGAGACAAUGGGCAGAUCCAGUCCCCAAACUAUCCUGAUGAUUACCGACCCAGCAAAGUAUGCAUCUGGAAGAUCUCUGUUUCAGAAGGCUUUCAUGUUGGUCUUACCUUCCAGUCAUUUGAGAUUGAGAGACAUGACAGCUGUGCUUAUGAUUAUCUGGAAGUUCGGGAUGGUAUCACAGAGAGCAGUCCUCUUAUUGGACGAUUUUGUGGAUAUGAUAAACCUGAUGACAUAAAGACAAGCUCAAAUCGACUAUGGAUGAAAUUCACCUCAGAUGGCUCAGUCAAUAAGGCUGGCUUUGCUGCAAACUUUUUCAAAGAGGUUGAUGAGUGUUCGCGACCCAAUAAUGGAGGCUGUGAGCAACGCUGCGUCAACACAUUGGGAAGCUACAAAUGUGCCUGUGACCCAGGCUAUGAGCUGGCCUCUGACAAGAAAAGCUGUGAGGCUGCCUGUGGAGGGUUCCUCACAAAACUUAAUGGCUCCAUCACUAGCCCAGGAUGGCCCAAGGAGUAUCCCCCCAACAAGAACUGUGUGUGGCAGCUUGUUGCACCCACUCAAUAUCGCAUCUCCCUCCAGUUUGAAUUCUUUGAGACUGAGGGCAACGACGUGAGUGUUUGUAAAUAUGACUACGUUGAAGUGCGCAGUGGAUUGUCAGCUGACUCUAAGUUGCACGGCAAGUUCUGUGGUGCAGAGAAACCUGAAGUGAUCACAUCACAGUAUAACAACAUGCGCAUCGAGUUCAAAUCAGAUAACACUGUCUCAAAGAAGGGCUUCAAGGCUCAUUUCUUCUCAGAUAAAGAUGAGUGCUCAAAGAACAAUGGUGGCUGUCAGCAUGAAUGCGUCAACACUUUUGGUAGCUACACAUGUCAGUGCCGCAGUGGUUUUGUCCUUCAUGACAACAAGCAUGACUGUAAAGAAGCGGGUUGUGAUCACACAGUGAACAGUAUUUAUGGCACAAUUACCAGCCCCAACUGGCCUGACAAGUAUCCAAGCAAGAAAGACUGCACAUGGAUUCUUACCAGCACACCAGGACAUCGCAUUAAAAUUGUGUUCAACGAGUUGGAUAUGGAGCCACAUGAUGAAUGCACCUAUGAUCAUGUUGAGCUUUUUGAUGGACGUGAUGCAAAGGCUCCAGUCCUUGGCCGUUUUUGUGGAGGCAAAAAGCCUGAGCCGGUGGUUUCAUCCAGCAACCACUUGUUUGUUAAGUUCUUUUCAGAUAAUUCAGUGCAGAAAAAAGGAUUUGAGGCUUCUUACAUGCCAGAGUGUGGUGGGCAGUUGAAGGCUGAAGUGAAGACAAAAGACCUCUUUUCCCACGCCCAGUUUGGUGAUAACAACUACCUCGGGGCAUCUGAUUGCCAGUGGGUGAUCUCUGCUGAAGGUGGUUAUGGUGUUGAACUCAUCUUCCAGACAUUCGAGAUUGAAGAAGAAUCAGACUGUGGUUAUGAUUACAUGGAGCUUUACGAUGGCAAGGACAGCAAUGCACCCAGGCUGGGUAGAUAUUGUGGAUCUGGGCCACCAGAGGAGAUUUACUCCAGCAAAGAUACAAUUCUCAUAAAAUUCCACUCAGAUGAUACUAUCAACAAGAAGGGCUUCCAUGUGCGCUACACCAGCACCAAAUUUCAGGACACACUGACCAUGCGAAAGUGACCCGUGGCCUCCGGGAGGGCGGGCAUGCGGCGCAGAAUGGAAUCUCGGAGCCACACUGCAUCGCAGCGGCGAGAAGGAGGAGGAAAGUUAAAACGCAAGCCCGUAUCCCGGACGCCUCGAAUUUCACAGAAACAAAUGAUAAAAAGCAAAAAGCCUCAAAGAAGGGACACAGAAAUGGGAAUUUCCCAGAGACUGUAAGGAUCAAAGCCAUUUGUUACCUGACCUUGUUUUUAGCUUUUAUGUUUUUUUUGUUUUUAUUUUUAUUUUUUCUCAUUUUUUGUAAUUGUGUGGUUAUUAUGGUUGUGGUGCGGAUCUGCCAAGGGAGGGAGGGAGGUGCACCUUUUUGAAAAGAGUGUACUCUUAGUAAAGAGUGUAGUAUUGAUGGGGGGUGUUGGGUCAAGUUAUUGAAACUCUUUAUUUUUGCUUGCUUUUAGUAAGCAGUGGACCAAAUUCAUUUGUGCGAAGGACAAUGGGCAAGUGCCCGACCUCUCCUCUUAGAGAAGUUUUACUUCUUUUUUGUUUCUUUUUAAUAGGAAUUUGUCGCUCUCAGUUUUGGGGGAGCAACAUGUACUCUGAACUUUCCUUAUGUCUAUAAAUUAAAAAGGGGAGAAAAAUCUGUAUUUCAAGUUUAGUUUUUAAAUGAAACAUAUGCAGUUAUUUUUUAAAGGGUUAAUACUUUCAGACAUUGCCCCAUUCCACCCCACCCUGCCUCCUCCAUAGAUUCUUGUGAAAUGUCAUAAAUAAGGGGGUAUGGUGGGUUUGAGAAUAAUGCAAAACAAACCGUUUCAGUAUUUUAAACAACGUUUUUGGAUUCCUCCCGGACUGAGCUUCUUGGACAGGCUUCCAUGCCUGACAUGUUUGUUUACUUUCAAGGAGGACUCCCAUGUGACUUGGUAGGAUUUUUAAAAUUCAUUCCACAGAUUGAUAGCAAAAAGCACACUAUGCAGUAAUGACUGAAAAUUAUUUUUCUGGCAUUUUUUAUAUAUUGUACAAAGGGGGGUAGAAAACAAAAAUAUAAUCUCUCUAUUCCCCAGGGAUACAUCUGUUACAAUAACAGGGUGCUGUAUCUAACAAGGGGGGAAACAAUGGCCUCAUCAUUGCCAUACAGAUUUUUGGUGCUUAUAAUGUAUUUUUUUUUUCCGCAUGAAGAAAUAAGCUGAUUAAUAAAAGAAAAAAAAAUA